UAAGAAUAUUUUGAGCUUGUUAUGCGGCUGCGGGCGAAUAAUGCUUUAUCUCAUUCGCAGGACACUCGGCUACUUCUAUGGGACCUAGAAAUGGAUGAAAUCGUCGUGCCACAACGCUAUACACCUCAUGGCGGCUCACCUACACUCAGUGGCGGAGGUCAUUCUUCUGCUCACUGGGAUUCCACCCCAUCCAUAGGCACCCUUCAGCCACCUCCAAGCAUGCGGGAUGUCCCGAAGCUCUCCCCUCUUUCGGCUCACCGUGUCCACGUGGAACCUUUGUCCGGUUUAGUCUUCACUAAAGAAUCAGUCGUCACGAUAUGUCGCGAAGGCCACAUAAAAAUCUGGGCCAGGCCUGGGGAUGGUGAUACCAGCGAGCCAAACUCUGAUACCGGCGGCUUUGUAACUGCUGCUUUAAAAGAUAGACCUGUUGGGGCUCCUUUCAUGAAGGUGAAUGGUCCCAGUUUUAAGCUAACGGCAUCAAAUUUUAUACGAAAUUAGAGCAUUGUUUGCUUGGAUAGAUUGUGGUUUUGUUGGAUUUGAAAUCUUGUUAGGCAAAGUUAGUGUGUGGGAUUUCUUUCAUCUUUCCCACCUGUCAAAUUUG